AAUGUGAUUGUGGAAGACGUUUAGCAACCUAUAGGAAAAUUCUAACAUUUUCAAGAAGUUUAUUCAUAUUUCUCAUUUAAUUACUUUCAUAUUGUAUUUCGUACUUCUAGACUAAGAACUUUUUCUUAAAUUUGGUACUGUAAAAUCUUUAUAUGUUUGAUCCAAAGUAACACUAUACUUGGCAAGAUGUCGGUGGUACUCUUCUGCAAUUUUGACAUGGAAAGAAUGUAUGUAUCGUCGUAAAAAGCUUUUUUGGAUUUUGUAUGAGCUUAUAUUUGUGUGAAUGUGUAAAUAUACUAGGUAGAAAUACGCCAAUAUGAAUCAUCUUGCGGAUGAAAAUGUUCAAACCAUCCAAUGCAAUCCAAAUGCGAAAAACAAAAGCAAAAAGGCCAAAGAUCCUUCUGAAACUACUGACGGUUUAAGUAUAUUGGAUCAAGAUAAUUUAAAUGAUGUUUUGGCAAAUUCUCUUCAUAUUAAUAAUUUCAACAAUAGUAAUCUAACUAAUGGAACAAGUGAUCACUUGAAAAACGAAAUCUCUAACAAGACGUGUGUUAAAUUAGAAGCUCAAGGUGACAUAGUAAGUGAAGUUUCAAAUGAUGUAAAUAGUGUACAGUGUAAUGAUACUGCCAAGAAGCAGGCAGAGGAGGUCAUUUCAAUGCAUCAUAUGAGUAGAUCUUUAUGUGAAAAUGAUUUAGAGAGCAAUGAUAAUUGUGUCAAUAAAAAUGAUCAAACUCAAAAAGAAGACAUAGAGAUUAUAUCAUAUGAAUCUGAACUGCAAAUGCCAGAAAUCAUGCGACUUAUACAAAAAGAUUUAUCAGAACCUUAUUCUAUCUAUACCUAUAGAUAUUUUAUACACAAUUGGCCUAAGCUCUGUUUCUUGGCAACUCACAAAGGGACUUGCAUUGGUGCCAUUGUAUGUAAGCUAGAUAUGCAUCGCAAUGUUGUAAAAAGAGGUUAUAUUGCUAUGUUAGCUGUCGAUGAGAAGUACAGAAAGCGAAAGAUUGGAUCUAAAUUAGUUCGCAAAGCAAUACAGGCUAUGAUAAAUGAUAAUGCAGAUGAGGUGGUCUUAGAAACAGAAAUCACAAACAAGCCAGCGCUGAAGUUGUAUGAAAAUCUAGGCUUUGUACGAGACAAACGCUUAUUUCGAUAUUACCUUAAUGGUGUAGAUGCAUUACGAUUAAAAUUGUGGUUAAGGUGAAAUGAGUAGAUAUCUAAUGGGAAAUUCUCAAUGUUGUGUUUACUUUGAGAGACUUAAUAGUCUUGGGGAUGUUCUACAUGUAAAGUGAUCCCAACUGUUGUUAAAUGGUAUAACCUUUUAUUGCCAUGUGGAUUUUAGCCAAAUGUAUAGUUUGUUUCAAUUAUUUUAGUCAUGUGAUAUGUUUAAUUUUAUAUAAUUUAUGUGUUAAAAUUGUUAAUGAAAUAUUUUCUUCAAUUACUUUUAUAUCUUGAAUAUAAGAAUAUAAAUGGUUAAUAUCCAUACAAAAAUACACAACUUUGCAGAAUU